AUGUCAUCCAUAUCAAUUGCUUUGAAGAUAUCGUCACAAAUAUUUAAUAAUGCCGUGGUUGUACUGUGGAAUGCAAUUGAUAUCUUAUUUCAAUUUCAGUACUGCCGACCACCGCGAUGCAAUCUAACGCCACCAUCGAACAAGCUCCUUUACCUCCUAUUGAUAUCGGCAGCCAUCGAGCUCGGGGGCGGCAAACGCUCGACGUCUUCCUACGGUGACGGCAACGUCCUGCACAUCGGGGGCAUAUUUCCCAUUGCCGGCGAAGGCGGGUGGCAGGGGGGGCAGGCGUGCAUGCCUGCCGCCCAUUUGGCGUUGGAAGACGUCAACGCCAGGAAGGACUUGCUACCUGGAUAUGUCUUGAAGUUGCAUAGCAAUGAUAGCGAGUGCGAACCCGGACUCGGAGCAAGUGUCAUGUAUAAUCUUCUCUACAAUCAGCCGACGAAGCUGAUGCUUCUUGCUGGAUGCAGCACUGUUUGCACUACGGUGGCUGAGGCAGCAAAGAUGUGGAAUCUUGUCGUGCUGUGUUACGGAGCCAGUUCGCCAGCCCUUUCCGACCGCAAUCGUUUCCCGACGCUUUUUCGUACCCAUCCCUCCGCCACCGUGCACAACCCCACCAGGAUAAAACUCAUGAAAAAGUUCGGCUGGUCGAGGGUUGCCAUCUUGCAGCAGACAGAAGAAGUCUUCAUAUCGACCGUGGAGGAUUUAGAGCGGAGAUGUACGGAUGCGGGUGAGAAACUUCAUUCCUUUCAACUCAUUGAUGACAGAAUCUGA